CGCACAUUAUACUGGAGUUACAAACGAUUAUAAUUUGAAGGCAGAACCAGGACGAUGUAGUAGGUAUUACAAGGAACUGUAACUACAGUGUUUGGAUUUUUCGGUGAAAGCAAAAAUUAUGAAGUUAAAUUCUAUAUAAGUUGAAAGCUAAAAACAAGGAUAUUCCUUACACGCUUCAUUCAGUGUCUUUAGGAAGCUGUGUAUUCUUUAUGAUCCUGAGCGAUCAAUUACAGGAUUCAAGGGGAAGUAGGCGAAGUAGGUAGCGAUUGAUCGAUAUGAAGUUUUAUAGUCUUUGUCAUUUUGACUGUUUUAAAUAGUCUUGUCAUUUUGACACUUGUUAUUUUGAAAGAAUUAAUUUACAAUCACUCUGAAAUUUUGUCAUUUGUAUUUAAACCUUAUGUUGAAGGAAUAAAGUGUUUUUCAAAAUAUAUUUUUUGUAAGCCUAAGAGUUGGUGUAGGAAAUUGUAAACAGCGCAGAAUCGUGAAAUUUUCACCCAUGCGCAUUGGAAACAUCCGAUUUUCCAGGUCGAUUGCGGUUUUCCGUUUAGUUUUUCAGCUGAUCACGCAUUCUACGGGCGCACUGCAGACCAUCCGUGGGUCAUGUGCGAAACUGUAACAGCGUAGUUAAUUCGCUGUAUUCGCGUCGUGUAGUUUGAUUAGCUAGUGCCAGUGAAGAUGUUCUCAGGUCUCACAAACCAGGUCAGCUCAUGGAUGGGAGCCGCUAAGGGCGAGCCGCAAGAUGAAGAAGUACCCACCCCUACCAAAGACGCAACAGCAGAGGCCGCAGCCGACGUCGAAAGACAAAGUCCAACUAAAGGUGGCAGCAAGCUGGACAUCAUCACCAACGUGAAGUCACAGAUGACCGGUUGGCUUGGUUCUGGCAUCCCUAUACCCGGGUUGAGAAAAAAUGAACCUGCUGCUGCUGAAUCUGCGGAGCCAGCUCCCGAACCAGAGCCUGAAUUGAAGACAGACAUCAAGGACGACGAUGAUAACUCCAGUGCCACUGGCGGCGCGGACAGCCGACCAGCUUCCACCGGGGGCACCCCUACUGAAGAGCAGCCGGCAGGUGUUGGCAACGGUCAACAGAGUAAAAAACAGUUAUUCACAGUAGACGCUCUAGAAGUGCCCGAUAUGCAGGAGUUGACAACAAAAGCGGUCGCCGGCGCCAAGUCCCUGGGCAACUUCCUGUACUCCGCCGUGAACAAAGCCGGAGCCAAGGUCAGCGAGGCCAGCGCCAAGAUCAAGAAGACGGUGGAAGAGAACGUAUUAAAGUUUUUUCCUGCCAAGCAGUUGAUAAAACUUUGGAAAUAGUAGAAAUCUGUCAGGGCAAGGUCUGGUGAGUACGGGUGAUGACGCAACAUUUUACUUCAGUCUUAUAGCUUAAAGACCUUAUCGUGGCAUGAGAGGUCAAGCGUUGUUAUUCAGCAGGGGCAACCAACUAAUGAUUCACUAACUUCACCAUCAUUCUAUUUAAUUCCUCACAUAGUACAUCUGUAGUACUGAUGUUCCUGAUGGAAAAUCCCUUUUUUUGUGCCUGUUAAGCAACACAAGGCAUACCUAACUAUUUUCAUUUGCGGCAUCCACUCUUAAAUUUUUUUUACGUUGCCAAUUUGACGCAAAUGGAUUAAUAUUGUUUUGAUGCUAAUAUUCAAUGCUGCUGCUAGCUUAGCAUAGAUUUAAUAUCGUUAGCUUCCACUAUCGCUUUUGUCGUCAUUGUUGACUUUAGUUUUCAGGCAACAAUGUGAUCAUUUUUACAUCAAAAUUUCCAUCCAAUAAUGAAUCAUGUGUUCGACAUUACUGUGACAGAACUUAUUUUAUAAGAUGAAAAGGGUACAAAGUGAAAAAAAAACACUAAUAAACACGUGACUGAAUUUAGCAAUAGUAUUUUUUCUUAAAAAACAAUUCAUUUGAUUUUAGAAUUUAUUACCUAUACAUAAAAUACAUAUUUAAUCUAUAUAAUAAAUUAUGUUUCAAAUGGUCAGUAAUGUAAAAUAACUAAUAUAUUAACAUAAAAAUGGGAUCAUUAGUUCUUUUUUCCUGAAACAGUGAAGGCAGUGUUUUGUGAAGAUAGCUGGAAGUCUUGUUACCUGAACAAUAGAUAACAUGUACAAAAUGAUUUUUUGUGAUCAAUAGACAAAAUGCUAUGAAACAACCAAAAAAUAUUGAUGGAUUGUGUAUUGCAAGCAAUGUAGUUGGAACAAAUAACAGAUGUCAAUGGAAGAAUAAGGACUAUUCUGCUAACCCCUGAUAAUAAGGAAGAUUUGAAAUGUAAUAAAAUGACAGAAUAAAGACCUGGUAAGUUGACAGGUGUCGAAGGCGGCUCAUUGAUGGAGACCUCAAUGGCCUUCUUUCUGUUCUCCUCAAUCUUUUGUUUGAAUAUCUCAUUCUCUUUUAUGUCGUUUAGACGUUUCUGCUUCAAUUCCAUUGCAUACCUUCAAAUCAAUAUUAAUUACUUAUCACACUGUACUGUAAGACUAAAAAAAUCAAUUUGUGGAUAUUGAUCUGGCAAAUGUUGUAUUUGCAGUUUUGGGAGUAAAUAAUGGUCUAAUAUGGACAGACAUUACAUAUCUUUAUGUCUGAUAAUGAUAAUGUCAUUGUCUGAAAUUGUUUUAUGUUUGAGUAUAUUUAUUUAAAUUGGCUUUAACAGCUUUAGUCUGCCAGCAUGAAACCAUUUCAUACAGUAUAUUGAGUGGUGAAUGAAAAGUCUAUCCACUAUCACGUUCAUUCACACAAUCCACCUAUCCACUUAUAGUAUUACGAGUAUAAAUAUUUAAGCAUGAAAACACUUUAAUGCCUUCUCUGGACAGACUAUUGGCUGUGGCUCCUUCCUAUACAUGACAAGAUGACUAGCUAUUUUUUAAAUGUUAAAUAAUAUUAGAUUUGAGCAAGAAAAAGUAUUAUUGUGUGCGCAUUGCUAUCUUUAUUAUCUGUACAAGAUUAAUUGUGAUGAAUGUGUUUUUUAGCCACUUUACCUGUCUAUAAGACUGUUCUUUAGUUUCUCAGCAGCAUCAAUAGCCUUGUUAGGGUUCUUAGCUCCCAGCAUGCUGUUGUAGUAUGACUUAUCCUUCAGAUACUCCUUAUCUUUGCUCAGAUAGGCUAUGACUCUCAAAUAUUUCAUGUAAUAUACGUAGGAGUACUCCUCGUCACCAUUUUUCCGAGCUUCUUCGGCGCUUUCAAACAAUUUCUGUGCUGUCUUGCAUAACCUGAACAAAGACCUCAACAUAUGACUCAAGUUUAGUAUUUUUGCCGUAAUUUAUGCUAUUGAAAAUAAUAAUAACUCACAGGUUAGCCCGUUUCGUUUUCAAAUCUGGAACAUUGUGUAAUUUGUCCAGAUCUUCGAUGCAUUUCCCGAGGUGCAAUUGUUUACGGCGUGUUUCCGUCAUUCUCCGUUUUUAUGCGCUUGCACUGUAUGUGAUACAGAUUCGAUAUGAUUGAAGAUCCUAAUAUCACUAUUCACUACAUUUGGUAAAUAAAUUUUAUGAUUAUUUUGUUGAAAAUUGUCAGCUUCAAACAAAAAAAUAGAUUUAUGUGCCAAACUGUCACAAAAUGUCAGUUUUAGUCUAAUGUCAUUUGUCAGUUGUUGAGUAGUUUUACUUUUCGCACUGUAAAGGCGAAGAAAUCACACCAUGCAGCCAUAUCUUUUUAAAUUAUUUUUCAGAUAAGUAAUAUGAAAUGAAAAAUGAUAUGGAUGAAAUUAGGUGAAGUUGAUUUAUUUGACUGUAAUCGAUUGGGAUGAAAUUCAAUGAUGAUAAUGAAAUGGGAUGAAGUGAAGUCUCAGUAAAAUGGUUUUACUUACAGUGACAUUAGUGGACUUUUUGGAAGAGCCCGAGAAAUUUCGUCCAGCAGAUUUUUUCAGUUUCAAUUGUUAAAGUUCAUGCUUGAGCACUUAGUGGGACAAAUAAAGCAGAUAAACAUGAUACCUUAGUUGGAUAGGGCUUCUCCAGUCUAUGGUAUACUUUACUUCUGUGGCUUUACAAUACAAUAAAUUCAAUAUCUUUAGCCUUAUCUCAGAAUACUUGUACCAAACCAAUACUUUAAUUAUUUCAAAAUAUUAACUUUUAAGCUAUUGCAUAGCUUUCAUCGCGGGCCUUGAGCGCGGCGAACGAAUCAUGAAAUUCCGUAACGAAAAAAACCUUACACCCCUCACUCCGCCUACCAUGUAGCUCGCGUUCAACACAUUCACACGUUGCACUUGUGUAGUGUUUGUGAAUAAGCGCGUGGCGUGACGUCACACUGCAUGCGCAUCAUGAAAAGUCUGCCCAUCUCUCUCUUGCGCGGUCUAGUUUAUGAGUGUGAAGGGGACAGCUACGGUUUUGCUUUUAUUAAUGUUUAAUAUAGCGUGGUCUUGUUUUAUUAUCGUUUUAAUAUUAAAUUAUCGUAGUCUAAUUAUAAUUGCUUAAGUUGAUAAAAAAUGCUAUGCAAAAGCUUUACCGCGGCAGUUCCCGAGUGCCACACGUUUUUAUUUAUUAAUUAUUUCAUUUACAAUGUACAAUAGAAAUUUAAUUAAAAAAAUAAGCUCUAUUGGGUUUAAAUGUUGUAUGUUUUUGCUUUUUUUUACAUUUAUUUUAUUAGAGACGGUCUUCCAGAGUGAAUCAUCCCGUCAUGACUUAUGCAAGUUUAAUAUUCAUUCACGCGGCCUGCAUGCACAUAAACUCUCUUCAGAUCAUCCAAUCCCGUUUCUGCAGGAUACCCGUCGGAGUGCCGUAGUACGUAAGGAAUGUCGAUCUUUACAACAACUUAAAUAUAUAACCGAUACGUAAGUACUUAUAGGAAGCAUCAGAAUGCUACUAUGAAAAGCGGCGGGACACAAUAACUCUCUUUUUGUGGCGUUGUUCAUGCUAGGGCUAGUGUUAGUAAAUUCUCUCAGGUUGAGGAAUCAGGUUCACGCGUAGCUGGAAUAGCUUCUUAGGCUACCAGCGAAUGGGUAGGAAAAAUCAGUGAAUCUGAAUCUGCACGCCCCACACGUGUAUAUUUGUAUGGCUAUUAUUUUAUAUAAUUUCAUUAAAUAUAUGUUUGUAUAAUAAUUAAAAAUAUAAUACCAGAUUUGUCUUCAUACAGAAGACGGCUGUCCGAAUUGUCGAUAACCCCACACUCACGAAUUGUUUGGGACCUCUAGGUCUGCGAGGGACCUCAGAUUUCUUCGUGUUUUGUACCGUAUGUUACAUGUGAAGUGCUCUGAGGAAUUGUUGGAGGUGUUCCCAUCAUCUCGUUUUUACCACCGCCUGUCACCCGAGCAGAGUUCACCCAUACUACCACUGUCUUCAUCCACAGUGCGUUUCCAGAGAUAUUUUUGCCAUGUACCAUCCGGAUUUGGAAUGGGUUUCCUUCUAUAGGGCUUGCAGAGAACACUUAACGGUAGCCAGGGGCUUCGCUCUGCUUCUGGGAUUGUUGACCUCUAUGAGCAACGGUAACCACUUAUUAUCAGGUCGGCCGUACGCUCGUCUGCUAAAACGGCAAUAUACAAAAAAAAGUUAUGUUCUUAAAAAGAUACAAUAUUAAUUUACGUUUUGGCCGGAGUUCUCGUAACAAUAAAUCGAAAGACCCGCAAGCUCGUUUCCGUCAAUCUUAAUGUUUACUUCCAUUUUAAAAUCCUGAAGUACUACGCUCCAGAAUUGAUAUCGGGUCGAUAUCUUUAUUCAGAUUUAGUAUUGUUAUACAUAAUUGUAUCCUUGUGCUUCUAGUUUCAUUUAUUUUCAUUCCACAGAUGAUCCGGCUCUAUCACAGGAACUAAGUUACCGUUGAUCGUGAGCACCAACAUUGCCUCAGGAAUUCCGGCGCCGAUGCCUAUCAUAUUUUUUCCAGUAGGUUAUAGUUAGGUUAUAGAUAAUAAAUAUAAUGUAUAGGUAUUUAAUAAAAGAGCUAAAACAUUAAUAUA